ACAAUAUUUAAAGAUUUUUAUGUAAAAAUAUAAUAUUAUUUUUACAAUACUUUUAGGAAUAAUGUUAAGGUUAUUUGAAAUUAAUACUAUUUUUAGAAAUAUAAAUAAUUAUUACUUUUAUAUAUUUUAAUAAAAUAGAUCAAAUCAAAUUUUUUGUCUGUCACCUUCUAUUUUAUUUUUCUAUUUCCUAUUUCAAAAUCAAAUUGAAAAUCAAAAUUAGAUUAUAAAUUUCAAUAUCUUGGUAGUUAAAAAAAAAUAAUUAAAAUAAAAAAAAAACAAAUAAUAUAAGCAUAUAAAUAUAUCAAUAAAAAUGGAUUCAGACAAACCUUCUUGCCCAGUUUGCCAAUCUAAAGACAAAGUAGUCAAAAUUAUUUAUGGACAUCCUGCAGAAAAAUUAAUUAAAUAAGCUGAAAGAAAAGAAAUAUUUUUAGGUGGAUGCAAGCUCCCUCCCCGCGAUAUUAAGCCAGAAGGAUGGUAUUGCUUUACUUGUACAAAAAAAUUCGAUUGACAAAUUGAAAAAGAAAUUAACUGAAUAAUGAAUUGCGAU